UAUUAAGGAUUUUGGGUUGUUUAGGAAAGGCUAAUGUGACUGAAUGAAAAUAAUUCAUUUCAGAACGAACUUUUUUGUCAAGAUGGCGUCGGCAGAAAGUGGGGAAAAACAUGUAAUCAUCACAGACCUAGAUCUGUCUGAUUGUCAGCAACAAAUGCAGUCAAAACAUCCGCAGGAUUUGAAUUGUAAACCUCACAAAAAACGACAUACAGAGAAACAACUUCACACCAUUUCGGGCAAUUUUAACCGUCGUUCCCGGUCGGCAGAACAUCGCUCGGACGGACAUAAUACCAAUAUUAAACAAAAUAACCGUGUUAAUACUUAUUUCAACGAAUUGCUUCAAUCAAAAGAAAAACAACUGGAAACAAUACUGCAACGUCUAGCCACCUUGCAUAAAUUCAAUGAACAGUUCGACGUACAAAACAAAGAGCUUCGCGCGCAUAUACAUACCCUAGAAGAGCGCAUAGAUAUACUGCAAGAUGAAGUUGCGAAUUGUGGUCGUUGUCAAGAGCUGAUUCAACAACUCGCCAACUGCUCAAAUGAAAAGCAGGCAUUUGCUUCGGAUGUAGACAUGAUGCAGACUCUCGUUUAUCGCCUUAAUGUACAAAUUGAAAGUUAUCAGGAUCGUUUGCGUUUAUCUAAGGAUGCUAAUGCAAAAAACAUAACAAGUGAUACAGGUGCGGGUGAUAUGCCUACGCAGACAUCUUCCCUUUCAACCUGGGAGGAGGGUGCGUUACGUACGCACACACUUUCGCCAUUGCUACAGUCAUAUGACGAAAUGAUUCGUGACAAAGAACAGUUAAUACAACAAUAUGGACAGGAAUUUGAACACUUCACUGGCGAACUAAAACGCGUUCUAGAAGAAAACAAUCGCUUGUUGCAACAAAAUGAAAGCCAACGUCGAGAGGUUGGUUCUUGGCGUGAAGAACGUACCCGAAUGCAAGCGCAAGUCGAUGUUUGCCGUGCGAAAGUCGAUGCACAAACAAAAAAAUCUGACUUAGCUAAAGAAAAACUAGUGGAAGUGAUGCAUUGCUAUGAACAAAAAAUGCAGUCCCUUGUUCUUGACAUGGAACAUUUACAAUCGGCAUAUACGCGCUGCAAGAAUGAACUGGCUUCAUUGAAAAGUAUCGCACAACAGCCACCUGACAGCAUGGCGCACGCUUUGCAAGAAUGUAAAACCCUUUUAGAACAGUUGAAAGAGCAGCACAGUAGCGAAAAGCAAACACUAGAAAGCACUAUAGAAGAGUUUCGGAUGCGCCAUGUGGAAGAUAAUAACAAACUUGCUGAAUUGAAAAUGGAAAGUAAAACGUUAGUGAAGGAACUGGAACUACAGCGCCAAACAGCAGAAGAGCUCCAACUUCGCACUGCGCAUUUCCAACGAACAGCGGAAAAAAUAAAGCGCUCACGGGACCGGUUAAAAGCUCGACUUCGAAUUGCCCUGCAAUGGGCACAAAAAAUGGAAGAAGGGCAAGAAAAUAUACAAAGUACUUGGGACGCCCUAAAACGUCUUGAGACCAUCGUGAAGCAUAAGGAGUCACAAGUGCGGGGACUACAUGCUCGCCACUUACAGGAAAUCGAUAAAAUGCAGAAGAAACUAUUUCAGAAAGAGGAGACCAUAAGGAAUAUUCUCAAAGGGAAACUUGCCAUCGGCGAACAAGUGCAAUAGGAAAAGUCAACCAAUUUCAUUUUCUACUCAAAGUCGACAACAAAUUCAAACGUGUACAACAAAACAAGUCUUCGAAAAUUUACUGAUUGUUAAAUACAACAUUUGAAAGCUGUUGUCUGUAUGUAUAUACAGCGUUGGUCAAAAUAA